AAGAGCAGUUGAUUGGAUAAGAUUAAAAACAAUUCUAAAUGUUCUAUACUUACGAAAAGGACAAAAAAGGAAAAAAAGAAAAAGAAAUAUUUGAUCAAUAGUGUACCUGUAUUAACGGAAACUUCAGAUAACCAUUUCACCUCCAAACCCGAAUUACGAGGAGCAAGGAUUGACACCCGUUUACCACACUUGCUAUAUACCCGUAUUCAUCAUUUUCAUAGCUUCAGUUUCUCUCCAAACAAACAAACAAACAAUACCAGUGACAAUGAGGGCCUUCGUUUUGUGUUUUCUCUACCUCUUCUUCACUCCAACCCUACAGAGGGCAUUUUCUGCAAAGCAAUCCCGGAAAAGCCAAGAGCGCGCUAGCUUGCCCCCAAGAGGUUGGAACUCUUAUGAUUCCUUUUGUUGGAUCAUCUCUGAAGAGCAGUUCCUGCAAAAUGCACAACUCAUCAAACAACGCUUACAAGCGCAUGGAUACGAGUAUGUUGUCCUGGAUUACCUCUGGUUUAGGAAAAAUGUGCCAGGUUCUGGCACUAAUGCUGCCGGAUUCGACCUAAUUGACCAAUGGGGGAGAAUGGUUCCGGAUCCAGAUAGAUGGCCUUCGUCCAGAAAUGGGAAAGGAUUGAGUGAAGUAGCCAAGAAAGUUCAUGACAUGGGUUUGAAAUUCGGUCUUCAUGUCAUGAAAGGUUUAAGUUUUCAGGCCUUCAAUGCAAACACCCCAAUCUUAAACAUUAAAACGGGAAAAACUUAUGAAGAGGGUGGCAGGCAGUGGCGCGCGAAAGAUAUUGGGAUAAAGGAGAAGAAGUGUAAGUGGAUGCCACAGGGUUUCAUGAGUGUGAAUACCAGUUUGGGAGCUGGAAGAGCUUUCUUGAGGUCACUUUACAAACAGUAUGCCGGCUGGGGCGUUGAUCUAGUGAAAAAUGACUGUAUAUUUGGUGAUGACUUGGAUAUAGGCGAGAUAAACAUUGUGUCAAGGUUUUUGAGUGGAGUUAACCGUCCCAUUGUAUAUUCGCUGUCUCCUGGAACUAAAACGACAGUGGCAAUGGCAAAGAAAGUGAAUAAAGCAGUCAACAUGUACCGGAUAACAGGGGAUGACUGGGAUAAAUGGGAAGAUGUUGUAGCUCAUUUCGACGUCACAAGAGAUUUAGCUGCUGCUAAUAUGAUAGGAGCUGAGGGCAUGUUAGGAAAGUCAUGGCCUGAUUUGGAUAUGCUACCAUUGGGAUGGCUUACUGAUCCAGAUUCGAAUGAAGGUCCAUACAGAAAAUGUAAUCUUACUCUAAACGAGCAAAGAACUCAGAUGACACUGUGGUCCAUAGCCAAAUCUCCUCUCAUGUUUGGAGGAGAUAUGAGAAAUCUCGAUGAUGCCACCUACAGUCUCAUCACGAAUCCCACCUUACUGGAAAUAAACGCGUUCAGCUCAAACAAUAGGGAGUUUCCUUCCAUUACUGCUAGUUCUAAGGGAGGCCAGUUAACAACUAAGGGUGGACAAGAAACACAUUCUUUGGGACUCGUCAGCUGCAUGGAUUCCAAAGCGAUGGGUUGGUCUACUAAAGCUCUUGAUGACAAAACCGAACAACUCUGCUGGAAAGGAAGCUCGAAUAGUACUCAAACACCUAUGUGUCUACACAAGAAGAAGACUUCUUUGACAUUUGAAAAAGGGACUAUGUCGGAAAAGGGGACUAUGUCUAAGCAGUCAGAUCAAGGUAACUUCCAUUUAUUCGCGACACAUGCUAUGAAGUCAUGCUUGGAUGCUUCUCCAAGAAGGGACUUUGCUUCGGAUGACUUCAUGAGAGAUUCAUUUUCACCUUUUAGACAAGAUGAUGACAACCAGAUGUGGGUGUUCAACAAGAAUGGAACCCUCAAAAGCAGUCGUUCUGGUCUAUGUGCUACGAUAACAGAUGUUAAAGACAUUGCUGGUUCUGGAGGAACGCGCUCUUGGAUUGCUACAGGAAGAAAAGGAGAAGUAUAUCUUGCUUUCUUCAAUUUGAAUGCUCAAGAGACCGUAAUAUCUACAAAGAUAGCAGACCUGGUUAAGUCACUUCCUAAGCAAAAUCUGAAUAAAGUUUCAUGUAAUGGCAAAGAAUUAUGGAGUGGGAAAGAUUUGGGAGUAAUAAAAGACACCAUAUCUAUGCCUGUAGAGUCCCAUGCCUCUGUACUUUUUGUCUUGAAUUGCAAGUAGUGCUCAAUAUAUAUAUAUAUAUAUAUAUAUAUAUAUAUAUAUAUAUCACACAUUAUGUUCAUGGAUAUAGCUGUCCAAUGGGGACUUGAUUGAUCCCUCCAUUUUGAGAGAGGGAUGUACCACUACUAGGUCAAAUCUUUAGUGGGUAGUGUUUAAAACUUGAUGUAAUAUGAGUUCAUUGAUGUAAAUUUUUUUAUUUUUUA